GAAUGUUUUUGUUUUAGCUGUCUUGCUGGUAAGGUAAGCCACGCCAAAAUGGAAACGACAGGGCUAGCAGUUAGUGUUAUCGUUCUUCUUUUUGCUUCAGUAGCGUGCACAGAGUCGCCGCCGAGGCAACUGAAUACGGAAAACAUCCUGAUUAACGUGACAGCAGGGACAUUGGCUGAUACGCAGUUACAGGAUUCUAACAACUUGCAGAUAAACUUAAACAUAUCGGUGGGCGACGAGCAGGUGCUGGUCAAUGAUAUCCCAGUAGAGCUGUCAGGGGUCACCAGAUUCAACUGUCAAGCACUUCUCUUAGACAGCAUAAAUGGAAGCAGUGACUUUGAAUCCGGGGAUUUGGUGUCAACUGUCACCCGGGUGAUGGUGAGCCAGAACCGGCUGUACAGCGACUCAGAGGAGGUGGUGGCUCUGCAGGUGUUCAGUGAAGUGAUAGAGAUGGAGGGCAAAGAGGUCCAGCAGCCUGACAUGUGCGAGGUGAAAAUACUGAUGAGCCCAGAUUUCCAGAAACUGGCUCAGUUUACCAAUAUCUACCCCAUCGGACACAGUGAGAUUUUCAGGGUUCCCAGGGAGAACGAUGUUGUUGUCACAGAUCCACCAAAUCCUAGAAAAGAUGAAGAUCAACUGAUCUCCCAGACCACCAGCCAGUACCCCCUGAAGCACACAGAGACCACCCAGGAUGAGACUGCAGCCCCAGGAAAACUGCCAGAAACUCCGCUGCGUAUGGACCCCGACCUGCUGUAUGAUGUCAGAUACGAUGAUGAAUUUGAUGACAGGGAGCUGAGCCAGCCGGAUCAGAUUCAGAUGGAAACUCCGCCGAAAGAAUUUAUAUCAUCUUACUCCGCCAUGUGUCAGUGGGUGGAGGAAGUGAGGGAGCGUCUCAGGCGUUUCAGCUCAGAAUCACUGCCUCUUUUCUUCCUGGUGAUGUGGGUGGUGGUGAUCGGCGUUGUUGGAUCAGCGGUCAUCGUCAAGAUCUUGGACAUCUUCUUCCCAACUUGUGAACACAAGCACAUUUUUCACCUAAACCCUGACACUCUAAUGCCGGAGGAGGAGAAGCACACUCUGCUGGAGAACAUAGAAAUAGAAGCAGAGGAAGAAGGGAAGAAACCUUGAAUCAGGAUUGCCAGCUCCUUCAUUUUCAGUUUGUUUUUACUUGUUCUUUGACCUUGGUUCCUGUAAGGUUUUCAGCAUGGUCCAUUUUUUCACUAGCUUGUAUUCCGAUUUGUGAACCAUUAGGUUUUUCUUCACUUCAGUUUGCCCUUCAUGCACAUUAGCCAUGGAAUGUGAGGUGGCUCAAAGCCAUCAAACUGACCAAACUGAAUUUGUUGGUUUAGUCAGAUUUAGUCACAUAAUAACAAGUGAUUGAGUGAUUCAUAGUGCUGAGCUGUGAAGGUGCUGAGAGCUCAUUGAGGUUGUAGUAUUGGCAAGCUAGCAGUGUGUUUCCCAGCAUCUGCAAUCAGCUCAUCAUUGCAAAGAAAAUCAAACUCUUUGCUCCUGUGUUCGGUCGGAUAGAGUUUAUGGAAAGCCACUUUUGUUAAGUCACAAAUGGCUGCACUUUUUUUGCUUGAUUUUUCGAGUAACUAGCUUUGUAAAAAGUUACUUUGUACAAGAAAUGACCUAAAAGUGUAUUUUUGCUUUAUCCACUUCCAAAACAUGCCCAAAUUUGUCAUCAUUAUUGUUUUAAAAUAUAACGUAAUGUAAGAUCAAUACCACUGUCACGUGACGCUCCAGUCUGCAGCUGUUUAUCUUAGCGUAGCAUAAAGACUGGAAAGAGGGCGAAACAGCGAGAAUGCAUGUUAUAAGUUGUUUCAUCUGAAUGAGAACCUAAUUGUAAAAAACAUUAUGUGCCAGAUUUCUUGGCUGGGCACAGUGGCUUCCUAGUGUCCAGAAAGUCACUGCACCCUCUGGGACCUAGAGGCUUGUCUUAUCGUAAGGUUGCCAGGCAACCAGCAGAGACUCUAAGAAGUCAGUGCUUGAUCCUUUCAUUCAACUCUGGGAAAGAAAGGAAAUAAGCACAUUUCCUAACAUGUCAAACUAUUCCUUUAAGCCAAUAUGGACAAGAUAUCCUCACACUGCUCAGAAAAACUAGCAGUUUGAACAUGCACCAUUAAGGGCACUCCACUUACUGAUGAAGAUCAUGCAGUAUGAUUGAAAGCUUCAGAGGGGCAACUAAAUGGACCUUAUGGUGAAAUUGUUUUGUUAAGAUUUUGUUUGUUUCUUUUGUUGGCUGUGUGUUGUCACCCAAACCAAGCAACACACUAGAACAGACAGAGGCUUAGGAAAUCAGAUAUAAGUACUGUAGGUUUAACAACUGAAUAUGUACAAACUGAAGUUCACUGAAAAUAUUUUAUCAGUAUAUCAGUUCUGUACAGGUCAAACUUUUUUCUCACAAGUUUCUUUAAACUGUACCCCACUGCUAAAUUAGUGAAAAAGAAGUUGUAAGGAAGCAAAUGCUCUAUAGUAAGUUAAUUCAUUUUAUUUAUUGAACAUGAAGCAGGCAGUGUCUCCUGUCGCCUGUCCUUUAAGUGAAGACAAGUUGAAUACUUAAGCCAUUAUAUCUGAAUCUGUUGUUACAUAUACUGUAGGUCAGAUGAAGCAAUAAUCUAAAAAGCAAUUCACUAAAAAGAAAAAGAUGCAGGUCACUGUGAAAAUGUUAUUACAGAUCUUGUGUCUGCACAUUCAAUGACAAUUGUCCUUCCACACCUCUUCUAAACUCUGAAUGUCACCAAUGAAAAAACACCUCCCUUCGAGGCCUGCUUCCCACUAUUGAGGCCCAUAUAUUGAUUGUCUUUCUUCACAGUGCCUCGGUGACUACUUUUGGGACGCUAUCACUAAAUCGCUAUUUUCUUUGAAUGAUUUCGUGUGCGGUUUACUGUUGCUAAUAAUGGAGAAUGUAAGUGAGGUUGUUCAGAUUGUCUAUGCACUCUAAACAUAUAAGACAAACUACUGCUAUGACUGGACUGAUGUAAAAUACACUGUGCACAAGACAUGACCACAAAUUCAAUGUGUAAAUUAUUGUUAAAGGAAAGAAUCUGCACUUAGUUUUGAAUUUUGGUGUGAAAAAUGGACUUGAACCUGCAUGGGUGUUCCUUUUUUAUUAUUUUCUUUUGUGGUAAAUCACAACUUAUUGGCAAAAAUGACUGAAAUGAUAAACCUUCUGUGUUUCACUCCCAGUGUUUCACUAGGCUGUGUGUGAGGGACCAAGCAGGUGGACACGAGGCAGGUUAUUGUGGGUUUAAUUAAUCCAAAACCCAGCAAGUGUUUCAACAUGGUUUUAGUGUUAUUUUUAAAUUGUCACGCUUUCUAAAAAACACCCUUAAAACAUCAGCUUGUUCCUCAGAGCAGCUGAGGGUGGGAUUUUGUCUCCCCGGGGUUCAGUUAACCUACAGAAUGCAUGAUGUACUGCGAUAGCAAAAGGUGCAUGAGUAGUCUUGCUAGUGAAUGCAGUAUGCUGUUCCAUCAGCAAGUUAUACAUUAAAACUAGGAAGCUGCAUGAUGACUCAAAACAGCUCAACUUGUAUUUGGAUCAGCCUCAAAUUCCAAAUUGAGUAACAAAAUGCUGUAGAUGACACUAAAUUAGCCUGUAAGGCAAACAAUAUGUCAGGCAUGAAUUCAGAUGUGUUGCUGAAUAAAACAACAUAAAUAUAUUUUCAUUUGCUCUUUGUUUAGACCAGUGUAUUACUAUUUUGAGACAUUUGUGUGCAUAAAAUGUAUGAAUUACAGCUGGACUGUGUAUUUGGGUCUAGAAUCCUGCUGAUUAAAUGCUUUCCUUAUGACCAUCA